AUGUCAGGCGGUGACAAGAACGGGGGCAGCCGCUCCAGCAGCAGCCGCCUGCAGAGCAAGAAGCCCCCCAACCUCUCCAUCGUCAUCCCACCCCGGGAGGCGGAGGAGGAUGGUGCCCCCAAGGAGCCCUCCAAGGUCCCCAUCUACCGAAAGAGCAAGAGCCUGCAGGAGCCCCGCCUGGAACGCCAGCACGGAUUCCGCCGGCAGACUUCCCUGUCCCAGAGCAUCCGCAAGGGCACAGCGGAAUGGUUUGGUGUCAGCAGCGACUGGGAGGGGAAGCGCCAGCAGUGGCAGCGCAAGAGCCUGCAGCACUGCAGCAUGAGGUAUGGCAAGCUGAAGCCUGCCUAUCGCGACAUGGAGCUGCCCAGCCAGGAGGUGCCCUCCUUCCAAGGCACCGAGUCGCCCAAGCCUGCCAAGAUGCCCAAGAUCGUGGACCCUCUGGCCAGGGGCCGUCCCUUCCGCCACCCCGACGAGACCGACCGUCCCCACACGCCCCACCACGUCCUGCCCCCGCUCACCCCCGGCGUUGUCUCCUUGGCGUCCUUCAACAGCAUCCGCUCCGGCCACGCCCGCCUGCCGCGCAGGAAGAGGGAGUCUGUCGCCCACAUGAGCUUCAAGGCGGCUGCAGCCCUUCUCCGCGGACGCUCUGUCCUGGAGCCACUGGCUCCCAAGCGGAGGAGCAACAAGAGGAGCUUCGUGUACCCCAGCUUCAUGGAUGAGGACAUGGUGGAUGCUGCUGAUACCCUGGACUCGUCCUUCUUCAGUAAGAUGGACAUGCACGACGAGACGUACUCCAUGCCCGAUGAUGUCUUCGAGUCACCACCUCUAUCAGCCACGUACUUACGCAUGCACCAUGUGGGGGAGGAUGCCAGGGUGUCCCCCGAGGUGGAGCAGCCCACCUCGCGGGAGGGUGCCCGGCUCGCCUCGGUGUCCGGCGGCGCGGGCGCGGCCCCCCGGCGAGGCAGGCGCAUCGCCUCCAAGGUGAAACACUUUGCCUUCGACCGCAAGAAACGCUACUACGGGCUGGGGGUGGUGGGCAAGUGGCUGAACAGGACGUACCGCCGCAGCCUGAGCAGCAUGGUGCAGUCACAGCUGGAGAUCACCGACAGCCACCGGCCGUAUUUCACGUACUGGAUCACCUUUGUGCACAUCCUCAUCACCUUGCUGGUCAUUGGCACCUACGGCAUCGCCCCCAUCGGCUUCGCCCAGCACGUGACGACAGACUUGGUACUGAGGAACAAGGGGGUCUAUGAGAGUGUCAAGUACAUCCAGCAGGAAAACUUCUGGAUUGGGCCCAGCUCGAUUGACCUGAUCCACCUAGGAGCCAAGUUCUCCCCCUGCAUCCGGAAGGAUCGGCAGGUGGAGCGGCUCAUCCAGCGCGAGCGGGACCGGGAGCGCGGCUCCGGCUGCUGUGUCCAGAACGACAACUCGGGCUGCAUCCAGACCCUGCCGCAGGACUGUUCGGAGACACUGGCAACGUUCAUCAAGUGGCCGGGCAGUAAUGCACCGACCAUGGGCUCGGGGGAGAAGAGGACAUCAGGAGCUGUGUGUCACCAGGACCCCAGGACGUGCGAGGAGCCAGCAUCCAACCCACCCCACGUGUGGCCGGAUGACAUCACCAAGUGGCCGAUCUGCACCUACGAGACCAAAACCAACCACACAGGCUUCGCCCACCUGGACUGUGAGAUCAAGGGCAGGCCCUGCUGCAUCGGCACCAAGGGCAGCUGCGAGAUCACGACGCGGGAGUACUGCGAGUUCAUGCACGGCUACUUCCACGAGGAGGCAACGCUCUGCUCGCAGGUGCACUGCCUGGAUGAGGUCUGUGGGCUCCUGCCCUUCCUCAACCCAGAGGUCCCUGACCAGUUCUACCGCCUGUGGCUGUCCCUGUUCCUGCACGCCGGCAUCCUCCACUGCCUGGUAUCAGUGACCUUCCAGAUGACAGUGCUGCGGGACCUGGAGAAGCUGGCAGGCUGGCAUCGCAUCUCCAUCAUUUUCAUCCUCAGUGGCAUCACGGGAAAUCUGGCCAGUGCCAUCUUCCUGCCCUACAGGGCGGAGGUGGGCCCUGCUGGGUCCCAGUUCGGCCUCCUGGCCUGCCUCUUCGUGGAGCUCUUCCAGAGCUGGCAAGUGCUGGAGAAACCCUGGAAAGCCUUCCUCAACCUCUCUGGCAUCGUCCUCUUCCUCUUCAUCUGUGGCCUCUUGCCCUGGAUCGACAACAUCGCCCACCUCUUUGGCUUCCUCAGUGGCCUCCUGCUGUCCUUCGCCUUCCUGCCCUACAUCACCUUCGGCACGAUGGACAAGUACCGCAAGAGGGCCAUGAUCAUCGUGUCCCUGCUGGUCUUCGUGGGGCUCUUUGCCUCGCUGGUGGUCUGGCUCUAUGCCUACCCGGUGAACUGGCGCUGGGUGGAGUAUCUCACCUGCCUGCCCUUCACCAGCAAGUUCUGCGAGAAGUACGAGCUGGAGCAGGUCCUGCACUGA